AACUGAUAGCUAUCUAGAGUACGAUAAAUGUGAUCCUUCUUGGUCCAAAAUUCUUCCGUCUAAAGUGUCACGUGAAAAGUCUACAGAGUGCGUGUGUGUGUAUUAGUGAUUUGUUUUACAUCCUUCAACGAGCGGGUCAAUGACUUUUUUGACUCACAAAUGCGCUCACCAAGAGAGCGAACGAUAGAGAGUUAGGAAGCGGUGGUAAAAAUAUUCCGAAUGAUAGGGCCGCAACACAUCAAGCAACGCUCAUAUAUAGCUCAUCUAUUCACGGUCACGGAUAGCGAACGAAAGGAUGGUAGAAUGCGAUGUCGUGCGCAACUCAUAAAAAUGCUUCCAACACAGGCCGCGCAAAGCGGGCGACGUUCAAUCGAGGGAAAAGGAUUAACCAAGUAAACAACGAGCUUAGGAUUGCCGUUUAGAACGAGCAAACAGUGUUCGAGAGUGACAACCGGGAAGAGAGCCGGGCUUGAAUGGGGCACAUGAAUUUUGCUAGCUUUAGAUUAUUUCAAUUUAUACGCUUAUCUGAAAUCGACACGAUGCCCGCACACGAGAUACCAAUAAAGAGCCAAUGCGAUUGCUUAUCGAACUCGCCCGCAGACGUUUGACGGAUGUUAAAUUACACCCAACGCACAUUGUUGAUAAGCCCCAAACCCCUUCGACAAUGUUGUUUUGCCGGCUCAUGUAUGCCCAACGUUUUCAUUAACCCGGACUCCGAUCGUUCGGACUCGCGUGAAUUACUUAGUCUUUUUUUUUUGUGCAACGAGUGCUACACUAACACGACCCUGUGCACCCUGUGCGCUACUCAAGUUCAAAACCACAAACCGACCUAACCUUCACCUUCACCGGCUGUCGAAGUGUGAACCACAGCAAUUGCUGAUGUUAUAAGUCAACUCAAAUCGAUGUGAUGCAUGUGUAGUGCUACGGCAAGUGUCGAAUGUAUUCAUCCGUAUUAACGAGUGCUGCGUGAAGGAGUGUUAACCUUAGAUUAGAUUUGAAAACCGCAAACUAAACGGAUUAGUUAUGAUAUACGAACUGAACCUACCGGCAACGAUGACGUUCGAAAGAUAUUCCAGGACAAUGCAAGAGCGGAUAGAGGAUGACAUUCUUUCUGAAAAUUCCCAUCUUGAUGACCUCUACACAAGAUAUCGGCAACGGCUCCGAAGAUCGCUGUUUAUCACCGGUCUGGGAAUAUCGAUACUCUCCUGCAUCACUUCCAUCGUCCUCUGUGCGCUUCACGAUGCGAAAAUCCGAGAUCCAAAUUGAAAACAGUUGAUUUAUAGAUUCUGGCCGAUCUAGCGCUGCUGGCCGGUGCAUCCACAGUGCUAUGCGGAAUACUGGUCGCUCUACAAUUCCCGGCAGUGAUGAACUCGCCCCUGGCAGCUCUAUCCUUCGCGAUAUUAACCACCGGAACGAUCGGGGCCAUCUCCACCUUUGUCGGGACUCAGCUCGCUCCGUUGCCUCUGUUUGCGUUGAUACUCGGAGUCCACACGAUGCUACCAAUUUCUUGGCCCGUAUCGGUCGUGCUUGCCGUGCUGCUCUGCAUCGUCCACAUCGGUUAUCGCAUCCUGUCGCAGGUUCACGACUUCCCGCCGACGUUCUUCCCGCAGCUGCUCGCCGAAACGGUGUUCCUAGCGUCAGCAUCCGUUUCCAGCCUGUACUACCGUAUCAUGUCCGAUGCGGCCCACAUCGACGCCGUCGACGGUACGCGGACGGGCAUCGAGCAGCGGGUGAAGCUGGAAUGUGAGCGGGAGCAGCAGGAGCAGCUGCUGCUGAGCGUCAUACCGGCCUACAUUGCGGCGGAGGUGAAGCGUAGCAUAAUGCUGAAGAUGGCCGACGCCUGCCAGCGUGCCGGCGGCCAGACACAGACCAGAUUCCACGAAAUGCACGUGCAGCGCCACAACAACGUGUCCAUACUGUAUGCGGACAUCGUCAACUUUACGCCACUGUCCGAGCAGCUGACAGCAUCCGAUCUGGUUAAGACACUAAAUGAAUUAUUCGGACGAUUUGAUCAGAUCGCACAAGAAAAUCAAUGUCUUAGGAUAAAGAUUCUUGGUGAUUGCUACUACUGUGUGUCUGGGUUGCCUGUCUCAAGACCCCACCAUGCAGCGAACUGUGUCAACAUGGGGCUUCAGAUGAUAGAUGCGAUACGAUUCGUCCGGGAGGCAACCGGCUUCAAUGUGGACAUGCGGAUCGGCAUACACACCGGCAACGUGCUGUGCGGUGUGCUGGGCCUGCGGAAGUGGCAGUUCGACGUUUGGAGCGAUGACGUGACCCUGGCCAACCAUAUGGAAAGUGGCGGCGUUGCAGGCCGGGUACACAUCACAAAGGCAACGCUGGAUUAUCUGGGCGACAUGUUCGAGGUGGAACCGGGCGGCGGUGCCACCCGAGAGUCUUACUUGGCGGAUCAUAAAAUUGAAACAUAUCUUAUCGUGCCACCGAAGAAACCGGCAACCGAUUUGGGUAAGCCAACAGCACCCGACUCGCACACACCGACCUCGAACCUCGGUACACCUUCCCCCACGGCGAUGGUACAAAUCAACGAGCCCGAACAGGAGCACCUGCUUCCGGUGCUGGAGCCUCCGAAAACACCGAAAACUCCACGGACCCCCAAAACCCCGGACGACAUGCGCCGGUCGCACACCUCCAUCUCGCCCAUCGCCAUUCCCGAGGAGCAGGAGCAACUGCUGCCGCCAUCUCCGGCCAAUAUUGCUUCCGGCGGUGGGCAUGGUGGGCUGCUGCCACCGCCAUCACCCAACUCCAAGCAAACCGUGCAAAUUAACCCGCCCACCAUUAACGAGGAGACGCUGGAUAACGACGGUACUGCGGACGGCGAGACGGGCGAAGCGGACGAGACCGGUGAGCUAAGGAAGAAAUCUUGCCUGACGCUUCCCGUCGAACCAAUUACCACCAACGGACACCUUCCGGAGCGUGUCGGAAGUCGUAAGCUCUCCGUGCAAGGAUUGAUUGCUUUCGCCGAGCGACGAAAAUCAUCCAGUUCUAUUUUUGGUGACAUGCGCAAAAUGUCAAUUUCCAACAUUGAUUGUCUCCGGUCGCCCAUGGUAGCGACACCGGGGGGCCCGUUGGUACGCACACGCCCUUCCUCCAAGAUGACUAAGUACGUCGAGUGCUGGGGUGCCGAUAAACCGUUCGCCAACAUCACCGACUCCAAGAUGGCGAAGAACAUUGGCCUGGCGAGUAUAGCGAUGAUCGAGUCCAAUCUGCUGCCCGAGGAUGGUUACUGCGGUGAAUGCAAGUGCUGGGGCCCACCGAAGGAAUUGCAACCCGUCACGAUGUGGUACAGGAAUACGGCCCGCGAGACCCUGUUCCGUGCACAGCCUGAGCCAACGUUUCGCUUUGAUCUCAUCUGCUCCUUCAUUCUUUUCCUCACCAUAGGACUGAUUCAAAUAAUAGUAUUUAAAAGCAAUGUAGUCGUUAUUGGUUCACUCAGUGCAACAGCUGUAGCUUUAGGAUUGUUUUUAUACUUAAGCAACUACCAGAUGUCGAACAUUUCGCCGCCGGGCAACAACGGCCCAGGACAGGUCAUAGCUGCCAGCCGCGGUCUUCGUUUAGCAAUAUUCCUCAUCGCCACAGCACUCAUUGCGAGCUGUGCCAUUUUCAGUGUGGUAAGAAUUGUGCCCCAAGCACGUUUGCCGAACACCCAAGCCGCUGCUGCCAUAAUUUUUAUUUUUUGGCCUUUUUCUCGCUUCUGCUGGCAGAUAAACUUUGACGAUUUAGUUAUAGCCGACAUACAUUUUGUGAACAACACCACCGAGGAUAUCAUGUACGACGACCAGUUCGCUCCGGUUGCUCCGGUCUACCUCUACAUGUGCGCCAUCAGCCUCGCAGCCGUGUCCGCCUUUCUGAAGGCGGGAUUUCUUGUCAAGGGGCUGCUGAUGGCAUUAUUCGUCGCCAUCCAGUCCUCGAUCCUGUGGACAAGCUCGCUGUUUGAGGCGUACGGGCUACUGAGCAGCUCAUGGCCUCUAGGAUUCCAGGGCUUACUUUUCCUGCUGCUGAUAAGUGCCGUGUUGCACACACUCGAUCGCCAGGGUGAAUAUGUCGCCCGAACCGACUUCCUGUGGAAGGCGAAGCUAAAGGUGGAACAGGAAGAGGUCGAAACUAUGCGCGGAAUCAAUAAGAUUUUAUUGGAAAACAUAUUGCCCGCACACGUCGCCCAGCACUUUCUCAAGAAGGAACGUGCCGUGCAGGAGCUGUACCACGAGAGCUACUCGUCCGUUGCGGUCAUGUUUGCAUCGAUACCGAACUACAAGGAGUUCUACGACGAAACGGAUGUGAACAAGCAGGGGCUCGAGUGCUUACGGUUGCUGAACGAGAUUAUCUGCGACUUUGACAAGCUGCUGCUCAAGCCCAAGUUCAGCGGUAUCGAGAAGAUAAAAACGAUCGGAAGUACCUACAUGAUUGCAUCCGGGCUGCGCCCCGGCAAGGAGGAAGGUGCCACGAAAAAUAAUGAGCUGGACGAGAAGCGCACCGAGGAGCAUAACGUGGUAGUGCUGGUGGAGUUUGCCAUCGCACUGAUGACGGCACUGGAUCAAAUAAAUCGUGAAUCAUUCCAACGAUUCCGGCUGCGGAUCGGGCUCAACCACGGUCCAGUGAUAGCUGGUGUCAUCGGUGCCCAAAAGCCGCAGUACGACAUCUGGAGCAACACGGUGAACGUGGCGUCGCGUAUGGAUUCGUGCGGUGUGAUGGGCCGUGUGCAGGUGACCGAAAACACGGCCAAAGUUCUGAUGGCGGCGGGCUAUUCGUGCGACUGUCGGGGUCCGAUUCACGUCAAAGGCAAAGGAAUUCUAACGACAUAUUUCGUCAAAACACCAUUCGAUGAACGUAUUUAGGAGGAAGUUUUACUAACAUGUGUGCCAAAAGACAGUGACAGUGGCAGCUUGUAAGCGAACCCAUACACCAAAGACACAGAUACAAAUACACACACACACACACACCGUCUGUCGUACAGCAGUAUUACGAGUAACAAGCGAUGAUUGUAGAAUAGAAGCGAGUUACCUAUUCGCUCCGUACUAGCCAUCGUCGGUUUUGUCGUUCAUAUCAUCGUACCUUGCAAAGCGCAUUGAGCAACCGUCAUGUUUAAUCGAUAUUGGUGAAAUCGUUCAAUCAAACUGUGUAGAGGUGUUGCAAGAGUUGCAAUCCAUAUGUGCAAAUAAAUGUUUCACAACAGGAUACACACAUACCAAACCUACCUACCUGCUGCCUACCUACAUACACCACCGAAUAAACGUGCUUGUAAACGAUUAGCGACUUUUAACUUUCGAUACAUAUUUUACAUUUUAAUGACCCUUCCGGUAAUUGUUUUAGAUGGAAAAGUUUUUCUUCUUUCUUUUAUUUUUUGUAUGCCAAAACAAAGAGCGAUCGCACAUUAGUUGUAAAACACACCUACACGGUUCAUGCAAAGUCAGUCAGGCAUUCUCGGAAGAACAUUUUUGCUUACAUCGCUUCAAUUCCAUCGCACCUAAAGCCAGCAAAAAUAAAUUUAUCCUUUACAACAAAAAAUGUCCGAUGUUGUAUUGUAAAGUUACGAAAGUA